AUGGAGCUAGGUUACAAACGCCGCAAGCUAAACGAGUUCGAAUACCCUCCUAUUCCAGUCGUCGAGCAGGACAUCGUUGAGUAUGAAACUGCGAAUGAUCCGUUUUUGAUUCGGCUCAUACCUGUUUAUCUCGACAAUGAUCACCUCCAAGCCGAUAAAUUUCGCGCCGAAUCCGUUACAGAGGUCGACGAUGAAAAUGAGCAGCUUGUCCGAACCUACCACCCCAGUCUAUCUUCAAAAAAAAAGGUAUGGGCGUCAAGUUCAGCUUUCGGUGAAACUGUCUGGCUGGUCGAAAAGCCUCUCAGCCCAUCAGAUAGCGUUACAUUCCCAGGGGCAUUCUCACCCCCCCGAUCUCCCGACAAGUUCAACGCGCACUUCACAAGAUACAUCAACCCAAGAAGAUUUUUGACACCCGCCGAUCUUAACAGACUUCGAGAAUUAUUUCCGGAGGCUGUUGGUGUCGAGGUACUCAUUGCGGGUUUCCUAAUCGUGCUUUUUGAAAGCGAACAACAUACGCAAGACGCGUAUCGCGAGGUCUGGCCUUUAGAGCUCGCUGGUCUUCGAGUGUUUUUCCAUACCACUCGCUAUAGUCUCACGACAACACCUAUCCAGUCCGGUCUUAGCGUCAGUGCAGACCCAAAUGGAGAACACCAUUCUCGUGCAGGGUGCCUCGGACUAAAACUCCAGCUACGAAAUGGUUCCAUGGCUAUCACAACCGUCACCCAUGGUUUCGUCCAAUGUCCGGGGGUCUCGAUGCCCGCCAACAUCUUCAAUGUCUUUCAAACAAUAGUCGAUAAGGCAAAGCGGAGAUUGAGGCGGUAUCUGCCAGCUAAGGUCGGCGAGGACGAUGGCGCCUUCGUUAUGCCUAACGAAGUGCUUACGAAUGACCCCGUUGGAAAACAAGUGUGGCUUGCAUCGUCUCGAAAACAGAUUGGCGCCAUCGCCCACACGUACGACCACCCAAGCCGAAUCAAACCAUACCCACACGGCUACAAGCAUGACCUCUCCCUCAUUUCAGAUAGUGCGCUCCCCGAUGUGACUAGUCCUCCAGGAUAUCCACCAGUCACAGGCUGGGCUGACUACACGGCGGCACUAGAUGGACAAGAUGUGUAUGUUGUUUGCUAUCAAACAAACGUUGGGCGGUGGCGGGUUAUCACAGGUACCCUGGACUCGGAGCUCUUUAACAGAGCAGCAGUACUCGGCACGGGCUAUACAUGGGACCGAAAGACAAGAUCACAAAAUUCCUUUUUGCUCUGGCACACGGGCGCCAACCUUGCACCAGCUGACGGAUGGUCAGGGGCUCCUUUGUGUCUGGGACGGCCAUCAGAUGCGGCUGCUAGAGCUGUGGUCUUCCAGAAUUUCCAAGAGGACUGCCUCCUGGCUGGCGACUCAUCGACUGAACAACACCAUGCCUUAGUCAAAGCGGGGUUUCUUCUCCCACCUGACAUUAAGGACUCGAGCAUUGUGGGCGUCGACAUGCCAAACCAGAACAGGCCGUACAACACACUACCAGGCAUGAACAGGGAAUCGUUCACGCUGGAAUCUCAGCGACGUAGUUUCUCGGGAAUAUAG